AUGUUUAAUUUGCAGGAUUCUUUAGAAAAUUUUGGCGGCGAUGGUGAAGAUUAUAGUAUAUUGUUUGCUACAGAUGAGGAAUUUGCAGAAAAGGAUGAUGUUGUUGCUUACGUGAAAAGCAUGGGCAUGGCAAAUGGUAUCCUAAUAAACGUAGUUUCUAGCAAGAAGAAGAAUGCUAUUAUGAUGAGAUGUUGUAAAGGGGGAAAGAAGACAUGGCUAGUGGUUGACUACAAAUUCGUCAAGGCAUGGACGAAUGUUGUGUUUCAUAUGGGCAACACUACUACAGGUAGGGUGGAGAGCGCGCACAAGCAGUUAAAAACUUGGCUGGAAACAUCCACUGCGUCGCUGGAUACGCUUUGGGCUAAGGUGCACUUGGAAAUUCAGAGUCAGCUAACUGAAAUACGGUACAAACUGGAGUACUCAAGACAGAAAAUUGGCACCCAUUAUUGCGGUUUUCCACUGAACCGCUUGAAGUGUCAAGUUUCACAUACUUGUUUGCAAAAGCUGAACACUGAGUGGUCGAAGGCGCAAGAAUGGAAAGAAGAAACGAAUGACCGAUGCGAUCAUGUGGUGUACUGGACUUGUCGAAUUCCAUGUGCGUGCGCCCUCAAAAAGGCUGCAGAUGCCGGCACAUCGAUAACUCUUAAGCAUAUUCACCCAUUAUGGGCGACCCUUAAUAUCGGUGAACAGGCUGGUACGAGUGCUCCUAGCAAUGUGGAUGACGAGGUCCUUUAUACCAGACAGUUGAUGGAAGAGUUGAACGAGUGUCCUAAGGCAGUCAAGAGAAGGAAGGGGCGGCCUAAGGGGGCUAAAUCAAAGAAAAAAGCAGAGGCCAACACUCUUGCCCAUGAACAAUCCCCACAGAAAAAAGCAACACCUAAUGUGUGGGAUUACAGGGACGAGGCUCAAGGAAAGUCGACCACAGUUACUUGCGAUUCAAGUAAGAAGCGCCCCUCGUCUUCAGGUGGUCAUACAGAUGCAUCCACAGAGAUCUUUGCGAGUGAUAUUUCACAGUAUGGUUGCUACGACCUCAUUCCAUGGCCCAUUCAGCCAUAUAUUACCAGUUACCUUGAUGUUGGUGCCGAUGGCAAUUGUGGAUUUCGCGUCAUCGCGAGUAACAUGUUUUUGAGCCAGGACAAGUGGGCGAUGGCGAGAGAGGCAAUGGCGAACGAGCUAGAACAGAAUUGGCAUCUGUACACUAGAAUCUAUGGGACGUCCUGCCAGGAAGAAGUCCGUCGUAUACGGUGGAGUGGACAGGGUUUCGCACCUGAGUGUCAUUGGAUGUGUGCGACGGACUUGUUCGUAGUUGCGACUAUUGAGGCAACAUGUCCGGCAUUUGAGAUUGGGGUAUGUCACCAUGGUAUUUACAAGCACUUUAUUCGGAUCAAUUUAGACGGUGACUUUCCAGUUCCACCGAUCAAUAAUCGGUGGAGUAAGGAACAUCAGCCUAGCGUUGCUGGUUGGGAAUUACCACUUCUUCCUAGAAUUCAAGAUUGGUAUAGGUUAGUCCCUUCGAAUCCUGGACGUCCUGUCGGGGAUUAUGCUAAUGAUUUCAUUGAUUUUAGUUUCUUAUAUUAG